CGUCCGUUAGGACGUGUUGCCCUUUCCGUGAGCAUUCUGAGCGUGGGAGUCCCUUUGGGGGUGUGUGGCAGGGGUUUCCAGACCCGGCAUUGGCGCCGAAGCCCCUUCCAUCAGGGGUUCGGCUUACGGUCGCCCCUCGCGGGCGGCUCUCGAAUCCUGAAGAACAGCACGCGAACCCGGACCGCCCCGGGGCUGCGGAGGUCCGCUGGGCAGGCAAGAAGAUGGCGGCAGCGUCGGUCUCUGCGACUUCGGCUUCUCAGUUCUCGAAUGUCCUAGGAGAAUCAUCAAAAUCUAAUGGAAGUAUAGUUCGUCACUCCUCAUCUCCGUAUGUAGUAUAUCCACCUGAUAAGCCUUUCCUUAACAGCGAUCUACGACGCUCUCCAAAUAAGCCUACGUUUGCCUACCCGGAGAGCAACAGCAGAGCUAUAUUUUCUGCUCUGAAGAAUCUUCAAGAUAAAAUUCGACGUUUAGAACUUGAAAGGAUUCAGGCAGAAGAAAGUGUGAAAACCUUGUCUAAGGAAACAAUUGAAUAUAAAAAAGUAUUGGAUGAACAGAUACAAGAAAGGGAGAAUUCAAAGAAUGAGGAAUCAAAACACAAUCAAGAACUGACAUCUCAGUUGUUAGCUGCAGAAAAUAAAUGUAAUCUUUUAGAAAAACAAUUGGAAUACAUGCGUAAUAUGAUAAAGCAUGCAGAAAUGGAAAGGACUUCUGUAUUAGAGAAACAGGUUUCCCUAGAAAGAGAACGACAGCACGAUCAAACACAUGUUCAAAACCAACUUGAAAAAUUGGACCUCCUUGAACAGGAGUAUAACAAGCUUACCACGAUGCAGGCCCUUGCAGAAAAAAAAAUGCAAGAGUUGGAAGCAAAACUCCAUGAAGAGGAACAGGAAAGGAAACGUAUGCAAGCUAAGGCCGCCCAGUUGCAGACUGGUCUAGAAACAAACAGACUUAUCCUUGAACAUAAGGCUACUUCAUCUGUUCAGAGUCCGAAAAGAAUUAAAAAAAAGAAGUCAAAACCACCAGAAAAGAAAGGCUCUAAGAACUACUUUGCUGCACAACCACAUUAUAGAUUAUGCUUGGGUGACAUGCCGUUUGUAGCUGGAAAGUCCACCAGCCCCAGCCAUGCCGUGGUAGCUAAUGUUCAGCAUGUCUUGCAUCUAAUGAAGCAACACAGUAAAGUCCUGUGCAAUGAUCGGGUAGUCAGCAGUGUUCCUUUGGCAAAGCAAGUAUGUUCACGAAGCAGUAAAAGCAAGAAGUCAGUGACGCCUCCCUCCUCUAGCAGCAUUGAUGAAGAGCUGGCGGAAGUCUUACAGACUUUGCAAGAUGAGUUUGGGCAGAUGAGCUUUGAUCACCAACAGCUUGCAAAACUUAUCCAAGAAUCACCGACCGCUGAACUAAAAGACAACCUAGAGUGUGAACUGGAGACAUUAGUGGGAAGGAUGGAGGCAAAAGCCAAUCAGAUAACAAAGGUUCGAAAAUAUCAAGCCCAGCUGGAGAAACAGAAGAUGGAGAAGCAGAGGAGGGAAUCAAGAGCCACCAGAAAGACUCUUGGUGAAGAGGGAAACAGCAGCAGCCGUUCUUCUGCAACCACAGGGACCACAAAUAGGAAGGACUUUGCCAAACCGAGGCCUGGAGAAAAAAGUAGGAAAAAUCUUCAGUUACUGAAGGACAUGCAAACCAUACAGAGUUCACUACAGAGCAAUAGUUUGUGUUGGGAGUACUGACUGGUACCAGGCCAUAAAUUUUAUUCAGAUAAUUUGUACCUCAUCCAUCAGAUGUUGACAGUGUACUUUCCAGGUCUCAUACUCACUUAUGUUGGGAUUAAUUAAUAGCAAGUGUUAAGGGGCCCAAGCUUCAUUACACAGGCUUCUUGUGCUAACGUAUCACAACUAGAUGUUAAACCAUCUACAUGGAAACCAGGGUAGUUUUAAAGGCUAAGAAGCCACACAUACUCUGUUCCUUUGUUUGAGAUGAAUUUGCUGUACUGAAAUAUGCACUUUGUAAACAAAUUACCAAUUUUUUACUUGUGGGUGUGAUUUUUUGAAGUAGUUCUAUAUAGCUAAGUAAAAUUAGGUUGAAAUGAUCAAAACAUGAGGCUGUCUCAUAGGCAGUGUUUGAAAAGUCUCAUUUUUAAAUCUCCCAUCUUCCCCUGGCAUGGAUCGCCCAUUUCUCCUUUCCAGUACAACCAUUAAAUAUACUUUGACAAUUGAUGGAGGUUUUCUAUAUUUAAAUAUUUAUACAUAUUUAAGAGGAUUGUUUUGUUUUGCUUUUUUGACAUUUCAAACAUUCAUCAGUAUUAAAUAUACUUACAUUGACAUUAAUCUACCAUUAAAAAUUUUUAAGGACUCAAGCAUUUUAAAUCAGUUAACUGAAACUUACAGAAGCAUUUUUUAAAGUAUAAACAAAAUGUUAAUAAAGUAAAUGAGGUUUUGGAAUGAAGAGAGAAUGAGAGAUGUAAAGCAUAUACAUUUGUAUUUUUAAAUAAUACCUGUUUGUAAUCAUGCUGUUCAGUUCAGGGCAUUAAGGUUUUUAAUUUAAAACUUAGAAGAACCCCUUGGAUAUUUACUUUUAUUGAUGUACAGUGUGAGUGCAGUAAUAACUACACAUGCAGUGGUCAUUAUGUUAAUGUAAAUCAUAAAUUUGAAUAGAUCGACAUGUUAAAUUUUUAUAAAUUUGCUACUGAAAUCAAUAAAGCAGCUUUUUUGAGGAAACACCGAAAUUUUCCUUAACAGCCUGUUAAUAAAGGCUUUAUUUGUUGUAAUCUCUCAAAAAAUGUAUUUUUAAAUAGGACAUUAACAUAUGAUGAGAAACAUUAAGAACAUGUUGUACGUAAUACAUAAUUUACUUGCCUUUCUCAUGCUGACGUAGAAGCGAGGCCCAACAAGACUGAAUUCUAUCAUGGAUAUGAUAAGAAACUCUAGGAGUACUAAUGAACGUGUUAACUAGAUUGUAAAGAGAUUCCUUUUUAUGCCUCCCCUGGGAUUGACAUGGAGAUCUCAGAUUUUAUCUAGACAGCCAGCAUGAAUUGUGGUGGCUGCCUGGGCACUAAGCUUGUUAGGUGUCCUACUGAAUUAAUUGUCUACAAAGUGCUUAACUAAGUAUUCUUAGAUUUGGGGGUAUUUGUGAAUUUCCUGAAAUUGCAUCUACACUUUUGCUUGCCUGUACACUUUUCUAACUUAGUAAAAAAGGUGUGUUUACAA